AUGGCGCCGCGGGCCGCCGGGUGCCUUCUCCUCCUCCUCCUCUUCCUCCUGCUGGCGCCGGCGGCCGGCGCGGCGCUGAGCAGCUACUUCGGCACCAAGUCCCGCUACGAGGAGGUGAACCCGCACCUGGCGCAAGACCCGCUGUCGCUGGGGCCGGCGGCGCGGCCGCCCGCCGCCUGCGCGCCGCUGCAGCUGCGCGCCCUGCUGCGCCACGGCACCCGCUACCCGACGGCCAAGCAGAUCCGCCGCCUGGGCGAGCUGCACGGCCGGCUCCGCCGCGCCGCCGCCUGCCCCACCGCCGCCGCCCUGGCCGCCUGGCACAUGUGGUACGAGGAGAGCCUCGACGGGCGGCUGGCGCCGCGGGGCCAGCGCGACAUGGAGCACCUGGCGCGCCGCCUGGCCGCCCGCUUCCCGGCGCUCUUCGCCGCCCGCCGCCGCCUGGCCCUGGCCAGCAGCUCCAAGCACCGCUGCCUGCAGAGCGGAGCCGCCUUCCGCCGCGGCCUCGGCCCGCCGCCGCCCCGCGCCGACGGCGAAGCCGAGAUCGAGAUUAACGAUUCCUUAAUGCGGUUUUUUGAUCACUGCCAGAAGUUCGUGGCCUUCGUGGAAGAGAACGAUACAGCAAUGCAUCAGGUGGAUGCCUUCAAGGAAGGUCCGGAGAUGAGGCAGGUUUUGGAGAAGGUAGCAAGCGUUUUGUGUUUGCCGGUGGACGAGUUGAACGCAGAUCUCAUUCAAGUGGCUUUUCUCGCCUGCUCGUAUGAGUUGGCAAUAAGAAAUGUGACCUCCCCAUGGUGUUCGCUCUUCAGUGAGGAGGAUGCCAAGGUACUGGAAUAUCUGAAUGACCUGAAGCAGUACUGGAAGAGAGGCUAUGGCUAUGACAUCAAUAGUCGCUCCAGCUGCAAUUUAUUCCAAGAUAUUUUCCAGGAAUUGGACAAAGCGAUGGAAGAGAGCAAAAGUUCGAAGCCCAUUUCUUCACCUGUGAUUGUACAGAUUGGACACGCCGAAACACUUCAGCCGCUGCUCGCUCUUAUGGGCUUCUUCAAAGAUGAUGAGCCUCUCAGGGCAAACAAUUACGUGAGACAAACGCAUCGGAAAUUUCGCAGUGGCCAGAUUGUGCCUUAUGCAGCAAACCUGGUGUUUGUACUUUAUCACUGUGAUCAAGUGAAUACCUCUAAAGAAGAGUAUCAAGUGCAGAUGCUGUUGAAUGAAAAGUUGUUGCCGUUUCAUCACUCAAAUAAAACCAUCUCUAUUUAUGCAGACCUCAAGGACUAUUAUAAGGACAUCCUUCAAAACUGCCACUUCAAAGAAGAAUGUGAAUUACCAAAAAAUAAUAAUACUGCUACUGAUGAACUUUGAGGAAAUGAAAUGGAGUGUUUUUUGUGCAAAUAGAUCUCAGUUCUGUUUAAAAGAUUUUGUGAACAAGCACUUUUGAUUUGCUGCUGCUGCGGUGACUUUCUAAACUUGCAGAUUUGAUGGUCAUGACUUAUUUGGUUGCCUCCGUUAGCUAAGCGCACUGUUUGCAUAUUACAUAAGCAGAAUUACAAAAGCAAAUGGCAGUAACAGGGUUGUUGCUUUGUAACAAAUAAGUGUUGCAAGAUAAAGCGUGCCUGUAUGUUUACAUGUGAGAAUAAGUAAUUUCGUAGGUCAUUCCUCUUAGGAACAUGCAGUAUAUGGAUUUAGGAGCUGAGGCAACUUGCAUUUUAUCAGAGCUGAAGUUGGUUAGACUGAUUCAGUGUUGCUUUGCACUGGCUGUUUUUGGUUGCUUUUUUUUUUUUCCUAGGGCAGGCAUGAGAUAAUCCAAACUUGUGAACAAGAACUUUUUUGCUCCCUUUCUUGAGCAUCAAGGAGGAAGAGGCUAUGUAUUCCUUCCCCACAGCUACCCAUCUUCUGUGUGGACAGCACCGCACGAACAUCUUGUCUUGAGCAUUUAAAGCGGGAGGAGUUGCAAUAUUUCUAUGUACAUUAUCUGCCUGAAAAGGGUCAAGGAAUUGAAAUUCUUACAGGCAUCAACACAUCCAACAUAGCGAGUUAGCCACUGAGGUAAGUAAAUUCUCUUUAAUAAAAAAUGAAACCAAAAA